AUGCCGCUGUCUGCAAUCUGGACGAGAAGAGCAGCCAACGAUGCAGCAUCGAGCAUCUACAGUCGAGAACCUGAAGUCGCUCCGGUUCCUCCGCUCUCCAUCCCGCGCAAGGGGAGGACACCGACCGAUUCUCCUGCAAGGCAUGAUCUCCCGGAGAUCAAUCUGAUCGACCAUCAAAUUGCGCUGGCCCGGGGAACAACCAUGGCCCUGGAAACGACCCGUGUGCGGCUUCGAAAUGCCAAAAAGAACGGUCCACGUUCGUUACGAGACACUUUGGAAGACAAGUGGCGACAAUGGAAGCGCCAGGAAGAUGAGAACCGGUUCUUCCGCACAUGCCUCAAAAUCUUCGAUGACCUCGCGGCCGUGGCAGUCGAGGUGUCCGAUGGGAAACCGACGCAUCCUCCUGGGGAUGCGUAA